GGAUCUGUUGUUAACCUCAACUCCGCCUCCUGACUUGCAUAUCAGCCCUACUUGGAGACCACGUUUCUUGCCAACCAGUGUCACCACUUGACCUGACUUGCAUCUUACUUGCAUGCAAGAGGUCGACCAUUUUGGGACCAUUUUGGGGCUGUCGAAAGACUUAAAUAACAACAUCACCCAAAUCGAUAUUCGCAAACCGGUUCCCCAAAUUUACCAGCGUUACCUCCCUUGGUGCAUCCACCCAGCGUCUCCCAAUUCUCACCCAGCGCAGCUGGGUAACGCUGCUUAUCACGAUGUCUACCAAACCGCCCACCAACUUGAAGAAACAACAGAUUACCUUGGCGCAAUUAUCGUCAUACGACGAUAUACUCACAGACGCAUUAGUUGAUCAUGCCUACUACUGGACCACAAUUCCAAAAAACCGCCCGUCUUAUCACCCGUCAAGGGGUGUGAAAGAGGAGGAAAUUGCGAAGAUUAUCCAGAAUCAUCUUAUUGUCGACCCGGAUAUCGAUACCGCAGAAUCUAAAUUGCUUGCGACAGACGGAUUGCGCAAAUUUUAUGACGCACUCAAAACUCCUAAGGAGAAGGAUGACUUCCGUGCUCAUCUUCGUCGCUAUAUGCAGAUCUAUCUUCCCGAUUGUCCCUACGAAGUUAGCUCGACGAACCGUUACACGAUUGUCACCCACGAGGCGGCCGUGACUGCGCGCAAGUAUAUUAGGAGGGGCCAGCCGAUUAAGUACCUCUCUGGUAUUCAGGUGCUGAUUACAGAGAAGGAGGAGAAGGAGCUUUCAAAGAGAAAGAAGGACUUCAGCAUCGUUGUUAGUGCGAGAAACAAGUGCGCAAGCUUGUUCAUGGGACCUGCGCGGUUCGCAAACCACGACUGCGGAGCAAAUGCGCGAUUGAUGACUACCGGUCAAGCGGGGAUUGAGAUCAUUGCGGCGCGCGACAUUGAAGUAGGAGAGGAAAUUACUGUCACAUAUUCCGAGAACUACUUUGGUGUGGAUAACUGCGAGUGUCUAUGUAAGACUUGCGAGGACAAUUUGGUGAACGGAUGGGCACCGGCCGACGGCACUGUGAUAGUGAAGAAGAGUAUCGAGGCGACAACUGUUGAGGGCUACUCUCUGCGCCAUAGGAGACGGGACGAUAGUUGCGCCUCUACCUCCCGAACUCCCUCAGUCACGCCUGACAUCCGACCUAGGAUUUUGAAGACGCGAUCUAAGACACUGAAAGCGGGCUCAGAGCGAGCGUCCACUCUUGGGUCUCCUGCUCCUCAGGGAAUCUUGCGCCAGAAGCGGAAGCGCGAAUUCGAAUCUCUCCAGUCGCCACCUGUCACUCCGGAUAAAAAACUGAAGACGCUCCAGUAUGAAAUUCAGGCCGUGCCUACACCGCCGAGCCUUUCCAGACGAAGUAGCGAUGAGGACUCGUUUAGCGCUCGUUCUUCAGGACGUGAAAGCGUCGACGUGGGUUUAACAGAUGUGACAACGCCUGAAGAAGACAUAAGGGAGCCCCUUCUGAGCUCACCAAUUCUGACUCCUGUGAAAUUACCAACAAGUCCUCUGAAACAAGAAGAUUUAGAGACACCCUCGCUUUCGGAGAUCACAUACACCCCGACAACUCCGGUUACUCAAGAUUCAAUCGCGGUUGCUCCAUUGCCUACUAUCGAAAGCACAGCCCAGACCGGUGAAGUGAUUUUGGUGACACCCCCGUCCAGUCAGGUCGAUGAACAGCCUUCAGAUGUAAUUACUAUUCCGCCCCUGGCCACAUCUGAGACUACUGUCGCCGCCGAUUCGACGCAAGCAACCGAGCCAGCCCUCGCGCCCGCUGAACCCAUCCCCAAUAACGAACUUACUCCUAAACGAGGUCGUCCUAGAGGUAGACCGCCAAAGGGCGAGCUCCCAGCAAUUAAUCAUGUGGUUGAGGAACAUACACCUCCAUCUCGUACUCGAACGCCCGGGGACUACACGCUUACCCCUCUCUUACUUUCUGAGCCUAACACUGCUUGGAUACACUGUACAAUCUGUAGCGAGCCAUUCGUGCAGCAGAAUGCGUACUUCACACGAAGCUCGUGCCCGCGAUGUGAGCGGCAUUCUAAGCUGUACGGUUACCUGUGGCCCAAGACUGAGAAAGAGGGCAAGCACGAUAAAGAGGAGCGCGUUCUAGAUCACCGUACCGUGCAUCGAUUCUUGACAGCCGAAGACGAAGCUAAGAUCCGCGGACGAAAGUUACCCUCCGCUACUAGCUCUUCAUCUCCUAAUAAGGAGACGCCGGUGAAAAGGGGAAGAGGUCGACCUCGAAAGAACCGCCGCGGCUCCAACACGGAAGAUGACUUUUACGAUGGAGAGGACGAUGAACAAAACGGCACUAGACGGAGUAUGAGAAGACGGCAACCCAGUCUGAAAGCCGCUAGCUAGCAUGCAAGAGGUAAGAAGACACAC